GGUAGACUACAGGACCUAAAUGCUUCCAGACGGGAAGAUGUAUUCAUUAUUGACCAGACCCCAGAACAAGGUUGGGUUCAAGCCACUGCCUGUUGUGAUCAUAGGGAAUGGACCUUCAGGAAUCUGCCUGUCGUAUUUGCUGUCUGGCCACAUCCCUUACUUCAAAAGAGACUCUAUUCAUCCUCAUCCCAUUCUUCAGAGGAAACUGGAAGAGGCACCAGAUGUCUCCAUUUUGGACCAGGAUUUGGAGUAUCUGUCUGAAGGAUUGGAGGGACGAUCCGACAGCCCUGUGGCUCUUCUGUUUGAUACUCUUCAGCGUCCAGACACAGACUUUUGUGGAACAGCAGAAUCUGUCCUCACUUGGUGGCAUGAGACUGACAGAGCCAUCCCCCACCUGGUCCUUGGCAAAAAUGCUCCUGGAGGUGCCUGGCAUUCUAUCGAGGGCUCUAUGUUUACCCUGAGCAAAGGGGAAUGGAUGGGACUCCCAGAUCUUCCCUUUAAAGACUGGCUAAAGCAAAAGAGAAGAGGCCUCAGAAACAAUAGAGCCACAGCAGAAGACAUUGCUCAAUAUUACCAACACUAUGUGAUGAAGAAAGGACUGCAGAAGAAUUUCAGCUGUGGUACUGUUGUGACCUCUGUGAGAAAAGUGAGUGCAGAGAAUGUCUCCAAGCACGCGCAGGAAGAUCUGCAGGAGCAUAGUGACUUACGCUGGAACUUUGAUGAGGAAAGCACACAGGUCUUCCAGGUGGAUGGAUUUUUCAGAACUGAGAAAGGUGAUAAAGAGCCCUUCUCUGUCUAUGCAGAGAAUGUGGUCUUAGCUACAGGAACAUACGACAGUCCUACUUGGCUUGGGGUCAAGGGAGAGAACCUCUCCUACGUUCAUCACCAGCUGUCUGCCCUGGAGGAAGCAGUGAAGAACAACAACAUUGGCAUAAUGUCAGAUCCAGUCUUGAUUGUAGGCGCUGGCCUGACGGCAGCUGAUGCGAUUCUCUUUGCUCACCAUUGCAAUGUUCCAGUAGUCCAUGUUUUUCGGAGACAAGUCAGUGAUCCAGGUCUGAUUUUUAACCAGCUUCCCAAAAUGAUGUACCCCGAAUACCACAAAGUCCAUCAGAUGAUGAAAGAACAGUCAGCUGCUUGUGCUGGGCCCUAUGAGUGUUAUGUUAGCCUUCCCGAACAUCAUGUGUUAUCUUUUGGCAAUGACAAGAAAUGUAUCUUGCAAGACAAGAAUGGCUACCAGAAAGCUUAUAAAAUUUCCAUGGCUCUUGUUCUAACUGGCUCAAACCCUAACCUCUCCUUUCUGCCAAAUAACGGCAUUGACUUGGCAGUGGACAGUGACCAGCCAGUCCAUCCGAAGAGGAAUCCCAUAGAUGUUGACCCAUUCACCUACGAAUGCACUCAGCAGAAAGGGCUCUAUGCUCUGGGACCUCUAGCUGGAGAUAAUUUUGUGCGCUUUGUACAGGGGGGGGCUCUGGCUGUUGCCAGCUCUCUGUUAAAGAAAGCAAACAAAAAUCCCCCCUAACAGAAAUCCCUCUGCUGACUGUCUGAAUGGGUUACUGCUGCUUUAGAGAAGGAAGUCAUCUGAUUUGAACAUCCUCAAACGUAAAGCCCACUUCUGCUAUUCUGCAAGGUUAUGCAGAAAGUUACGAAGUUCUUGCCCAGUUAU